AUGACGACCGAAGCCACGGCCCGUGUCUUCUUCUCCUCAAAGUUCUUUGCCGUAGUGGGCGCCAGCUCCAACCCCUCCAAGUUCGGCCAUAAGAUCUUUGCCUGGUACCUCGCCCAUUCCAUCCCCGCAACCCCCGUCAACCCGACCGCCAGCACCGUCCACGCCCUCGGCAAGGACCACCCGACCAUCCCCAACCUCUCUGCCCUCCCCCACCCAAAGGAGACGGCCGUCUCCAUCAUCACCCCGCCGCCCGCGACCCUCCAGGUCCUGCGCGAGGCCAAAAGCCUGGGCGUCCCCGCCGUCUGGCUGCAGCCCGGCACGUUCGACGACGACGUGCUCGAGUUCGCGCGCGGCGAGGGCGGCUUCGAGGCCGUCGUCGCGGGCUUCGGCGGCGGGACGCGUGGCGGCGAGGGCUGGUGCGUGCUCGUGGACGGUGAGCGGGCGCUCAAGGCCGCGGGGAAGCUGUGA